UGUAAACUCGGAAGCAGCAGCAGCAGCCUGCUUCACAAGAUGGCGGCCCGCUACACCACUCAGUCUACUGGGGUCCGCAGGGCGCUGCGAGCCCUCAGCCUUUACAUCCGGUCACCAGGACCUCCUGCCGCGGCUGUCGGGCUCAGGUUUGUUUGUAACAAUGCUCCAGAAGAAAAAACGAGGGUGGGAUCAGAAUCUACGGAGGAAUACAGGUUCGUAGAGGGGCUCAUCCCGCCGUCACGGGUCCCCGCUCCGCCUAAACACGCCGGCUCUUCCCCGUCUGGCUGGACCCCUCCGGCAGAUACACCGCCGCCUCUGCCCUACAUGAUCCGCCGCUCCCGUAUGCACAACAUCCCGGUUUACACCGAUCUGACCCACGGCAGCCGCAGGACAACGCUCGUGCGGAAAGUGGAGGGGGACAUCUGGGCUCUGGAGAAGGACGUGAAGCAAUAUCUGAAGGAGGUGAUGGGGAAGGAGCUGCCCACGCAGGUCAACGAGGUCACAAUGACCUUGAAGGUCAAGGGUCAUGUCGACAGUGAGCUGAAGGAGUGGUUGGCCAGCAAGGGCUUCUGACUGCGGGGGUGAGGGGGCGCUGAGCCUCCAGGGCCAGAGAGACGUGCAGGUGGAGACGGAGGACCACCUUGAAACAUUGUCCUACAGCACAUUUAAACCAUUUCAAUCCAUAUGGACUACUGACACUGAACUGAACUCUCUCCAGACACCGGAGAGAUGUUGACGGGUUGUUAAACAUACUUGUAUGUAAUGAACAUAAAAGCGUUGCCCACUU